AUGAAAGCUGGUAUGAGUCUUGAUGACCCCUCAAGCAAGAGGCAGGCUUACCGUCUGAAAAAAGAGGAAAACCGUAAGGAAUUGAAGCAUGUGAAGAUCGAUGCCAAAGCCAGUUCGGAGAAGAUGGACCUGCCAAGGAAGAGAUUUUACCGCCAAAGAGCGCAUUCGAACCCGUUCUCGGAUCACCAGUUGGAGUACCCGUUGAGUCCCGAUGAGAUGGACUGGGACAGGCUAUACCCCCACUUCGUGGAUGAGGCCACCGGAGCGAUGACCAAAGAGGUGACGAUCGCCGACAUCGGGUGCGGGUUUGGUGGUCUUCUCAUCGAUCUGUCGCCAGCAUUUGCCGACAAGCUGAUCCUGGGGAUGGAAAUCCGUGUGCAGGUCACCAACUAUGUGGAAGACAGAAUCAUCGCUCUGCGAACGAACCAUGCGGAAACAAACGCGUACCAGAACAUCAAUGUGCUGAGAGCGAAUUCCAUGAAGUUUCUUCCUAACUUUUUCCACAAGGCGCAGCUGGAGAAGAUGUUCUUCUGCUUCCCGGACCCACACUUCAAGCAGAGAAAACACAAGGCCAGAAUUAUCACCAAUACUCUGCUUUCGGAGUACGCAUACGUGCUGAAGGAGGGCGGCGUGGUUUACACAAUCACUGACGUGCUUGAUCUGCACGAGUGGAUGGUUAAGCACCUCGAGGAGCAUCCGCUUUUUGAAAGGCUGUCAACUGAGUGGGAAGACCAGGACGAAUGUGUUGAGAUUAUGAGGAACGCGACCGAAGAGGGCAAGAAGGUUGAGAGGAAAAAGGGCGCCAAGUAUGUGGCAUGCUUCACCAGGCUGCCCACCCCGGAGAUUGUAUAA